GGAUCAUUCCUAGUCCACGACGAAUGUCAGGACACCCGCUGUCUCACAGUCCGUGGAAAAGACUCCAUCACUCACUACAAGAUCCAGAGCCAAGACGGCCUCUUCUUCAUCGUCGAGCAAACCAAGUUCAAGAUGCUGCAAGACCUGGUGUACCACUACACCACUCACCAGUCGAGCGGUGUUCUUGUCACAACUCUAAGACACCCGUAUUACGUUCCACGUGGAGAUGACGAAGUCUCUCGAGGCGACAUACAACUCACCCACAAAAUCGGGAAGGGAAACUACGGGGACAUCUGGCACGGCGUGAAGGGAGAGACCCACGUUGCCGUGAAAAUCCAAAAUCAAGGUCUGGCCUCGAAGAGCGAGUUUCUGCAAGAAGCGACUGUUUUGUCACAGCUAGAUCACCCAAAGAUCAUCCACUGCGAAGGAGUAUGUUCAUCGGAGGAACCAGCAUAUCUACUGACAGAGUUUCUAAAGUUUGGUAACCUGGUCGAUUACUUGCAGAAGGGAGAAGGGAAGGACGUCCAUUUUCUUGAUCUGGUGAGCUUCGGCCUGCAAGUUGCCAUGGGGAUGGCCUAUUUGGAGAGGCAGGGCUACAUCCACUGUGACCUGGCCGCUCGGAGCGUUGCCGUCGGUGAGGGGAAGCUGUGCAAGAUUCAGAAUUUCGAACGUGCGCGGCGAGCCUCGUGCUACAAGCUGCCACCUCGUACCUCUGUCCCUGUGAGAUGGACGGCUCCUGAGGUGUUUGCCACCAAUGAGUACACGAAUAAGGCAGACGUUUGGGCUUUCGGUGUUGUUCUCGUGGAGAUUAUCACCCGAGGGGGUCGCCCCUACAAUCACAUGACUAACGAGGAGACCCUGAAAGCCGUCCAGUCAGGGUACCGCAUGUCGCAGCCACCCAGCUGCCCCAGAGGACUGUACGAGGUUAUGCUGAAAUGCUGGUGUGCAGAGUCUGACAGCAGAGUGAGGUUCGAGGCACUGGAGUGGCAGCUGGAGGAAUUCUUUGUCAGCCAGUGCUUCGAGGAUCGCACAUACAUAGCUCCCUUUCAAACCAAACACUGAUUCUAAUCAGCUAUUACACUUGCUGUUCUUUUCUUCUCUCUUUCAGAUUAAUUUACAAAAUGCUUGUAAUAUCAGACAUUUUAUUCCAUCAUCUCGCCCUCUCUCUUAUUGUUGCUGUUUCUUAUCAUGUCAUGCUACAAGUAGUGAUGUUUGUUAGUAAUACCUACUCACCCAUAAACCACUUAACAACUACGCAGAAUACAUGAUUGCUGGAGCAAGGAGGAAUAGUAUAAGAAGGAAGGAAAAC